AUGGCGGCUCGGCUAAUUGAUGGCAAGGCCAUUGCCAAGGCGCUGCGUGCUGCUCUUAAAGGAGACGUAGCAGCACUCACAGCUAAGCACGGAAGAGCACCAGCUCUGGGGCUCAUCAUGGUGGGGGAUCGCAAGGACUCGGCGCUUUACGUUCGCAACAAAAACACAGCUUGCCGCCGCACGGGUAUCCGCUCCGAAAAUUUCCUCUUCGACGAGGGCGUCUCACAGGACACUAUUGUGCAGAAGGUGGAGGAACUGAACGAGGACCCAAGCAUCGACGGCAUUCUAGUGCAGUUACCGCUUCCGGGUACGCAGCUUAACGCACAGCAAAUUAUCGAUCGCAUCCAGCACGACAAGGACGUGGAUGGUCUCCACCCGUUCAAUGCCGGCGAGCUGGCAAUGCGUGGGCGAUACCCGUACUUGAUCCCAUGCACAGCCAAAGGAAUCUUGGCACUAUUGGACGAACAGCACACACCGUUGCGUGGUAAGACUGCGGUAAUCAUUGGACGCAGCAACUUGGUCGGCAAUCCAGUGAGUAUGCUGCUCCAGAAGCGAGACGCGACGACGAUUCUCUGUCACUCCAAGACCGUCGAUUUACCCAGAUAUGUGCGUCAAGCAGACGUGGUUGUUGCAGCUUGUGGGCAACCGUAUCUUGUUCGAGGAGAGUGGUUGAAACCUGGUGCCACCGUUGUUGAUGUUGGAAUCAAUUUCGUGCGCGAUGUGGAUGGUGAAUUCCAUGGCGAGGCUAAUGCUGACGGCUUCAAGCUCGUUGGUGACGUCAACUUUCAUGAAGCGUGUGAAGUGGCAGGAGCUCUCACACCUGUUCCUGGUGGCGUGGGGCCAAUGACGAUCGCGAUGCUGCUGCACAACGUCGUCGAAGCGUUUAAACGCAAGAUGGACAAUAGAAAAAAGGGUCUGCUGUGA